AUGCUGUGGCUGCUGUUGCUGACCCUCCUCUGCCUGGGGGCCUCUGUGCCCAUGACCCCAGUUCCGGACCUGGAAACCGAGCUCGUGGGCAUUGUUGGGGGGCACGAUGCCCCACCUGGGAAGUGGCCAUGGCAGGUCAGCCUGUGGAUCCCUGAUAUGAGAGGCCAGUGGAUACCGCAUUGUGGCGGUUCCCUGAUCCAUGAGCAGUGGGUGCUGACUGCUGCCCACUGUGUUGUAAUACCACGUGCUGGGCGUCUCCGUGUUCGCGUCCAAGUGGGACAAGUGAGGCUUGUCCAGAGUGACCCAUUGCAGGAGGUGGCCAAUGUCAUCCCCCACCCCCACUUCAGACAAGGGAGCGACAUCGCACUUCUCAAGCUGGUGGCCCCCGUGACGCUCUCUCCCACUGUCCAGCUGGUCACCCUCCCUUCUCCAGGACUCAGGGUCUUUCCAGGGACCAAGUGCUGGGUGACUGGCUGGGGAGAUAUCAAUCACAACGUACCUGUGCCCAGGCCCUACCACCUUCAGGAGGUGGAAAUCCCCAUCGUGGGCAAUGAAGACUGCAACCGGCGCUACCUGAGCAACUUCCCCUUGAUGAAGACCGUCAAGGUCAUCCAGGAUGACAUGCUGUGCGCAGGGAGCAAGGGCCACGACUCCUGCCAGGGUGACUCCGGGAGCCCUCUGGUCUGCAGCUGGAAUGAUACCUGGCUGCAGGUAGGGCUGGUGAGCUGGGGUGACAGCUGUGGCCACCCGUUCCUCCCGGGGGUCUAUGUCCGAGUCAUGAGCUAUGUGUCCUGGAUCCACCAGUACAUCCCCUGCUCCCACCGGUGCUAG